AUGAAGAUUUUUUUGAAAUUCAAACUCGUCCGUCAUAUUCCACCUACAAAAACGUCAUCAAAUCUUGAAACAAAUCCCAAUCAGAGGCCAAAAGGAACAGCAAAAGAAAAAGUGCCAGUGAAUGGCCAAUUUCUGAGAACGGCGGUCAAUCCACACAAUCAACAAAUGUCCAACAUCAUAUACAGAUUCAAAAAAUAA